CAUUACUGUGCAUGUAAUAGCUACCAACAGCAAUCCAUGCCCUGUAAGCGUAGCUGUUUGUAACGUUUGUAAUGUUGAAUAAAGAUAGAAGUUAUACCCUUUCAAUUGAUUGUUGAUAAUGUUUGGGUUUGCAAGUUAAUGUACAGAGAGUCACACAUAGCGAAAGAGUGCUGCACUGCACAACUGAUAUACUAUGGUGAAUCGAUUUCCAAAGCUUUGAUAUUUGAUGAGAAUGGAUAGAUGGUGUUGUUUGAUGCUUCAAAGUUAUUCAAGUAUUGGAGGAAACAUCACAUUUUGAAAUGAUUGUGAAAGGGUGUACAUUGUGCUUUUUAUAGAUGUCCGAUCUUCAAGCAUGAGGGCAGGACGUCCACCUUUGGAUGUUCCUGGGGAAAUACUCACCACCUUUGCCAUGGCUGGUCUCCCAACCCGACAAAUGUCAGAUYGGUGUGGUGUCUCCUCCAGGAMAAUCCAGAGGAGAUUAGCCCAAGAGAAUUUAAGAAAAUCAGACCUUUACUCGACAAUUAAUGAUGAAGAUUUGGACACUUUGGUAAUGGAAAUCAAGCGUGUUCAUCCAAAUGCUGGCUACAAAAUCAUGAUGGGCCAUGUCCGAUCCAGGGGCAUAAAGAUUCAAAGGCAUCGAUUAAGGGCAUCAAUGCGUCGACUUGAUCCAGAGGCCAUCUUGAUGAGACGAUUAUCCAUCCAGACUGCAAGGCGCCGUCAGUACAGUGUUCCUGCUCCCAACAGCCUGUGGCACAUAGAUGGGAAUCACAAGCUAAUUAGAUGGAGGAUCGUGGUCCAUGGUGGAGUAGAUGGAUUUUCCAGGCUAAUAGUGUACCUUGAUGCUUCCACCAACAAUAGAGCUUUGACUGUUCUCCAUAGCUUCAUAUCUGCUGUUGGCCAGUAUGGUGUACCUUCUCGAGUUCGAUCUGACAAGGGGGGUGAAAAUGUGUUGGUUGCUCAGUUUAUGGUCCAAACUAAUGGAGUGAACAGGAAUUCUCAUAUGACUGGAAGAAGUGUGCAUAACCAGAGAAUAGAGCGCCUUUGGAGAGAUGUUUAUGAGAACGUGCUUGAUCUCUACUACACAAUCUUCAUGCAAAUGGAAGCCGAGGGAAUUCUAAAUCCAGAUGAUGAGAUUGAGUUGUAUUCACUACACAGAUGCUUCAUACCACAUAUUCAACAUGGCCUUCACUGCUUCAAGGAGGCAUGGAAUAACCAUGGACUACGAACUUCGAGCCACCAUACACCUUUGCAGUUGUGGCUGCUAAAUGAGAAGGAAGGACGUGACUUUUCGGAGGUUGGUGGUGACUAUGAUGUAGACUGGGAAGGUCCACAUACUCCAUCCACUUCAAACGUUAGUAUUCCUGAGGUCCAACUUAUGCGCCCAUUAAACGCAGAAGACCUUGCGGCAUUGCCAAACACUGAUGUUCCUCUCACGCAGGCGCUGGGAGUUUAUAUUGAAACUGUUCAGGCAAUGAGAGCUUUGUUGCUCCCAUAAUCUUGAGUAAGUCUUAAUCUUUUGAAAUUUUGCCAUUGUAAAUUUCAUUGUAAAAGGUGCAUCGAUGGCAAUUCCGGAUGAUCGACAAAUUACAAUCUUUAAGAAAAGAAAAAUAAUUAUCUGCAGAUUAUGAUCUUUGGGAAAAAAAUGUAUUCUGAUUGUUGCUAAAUAUAAUGAGAAAGUGGAUGAGUUUGAUGCAGUAAUUGAAUAUUAACUUUUAAAAUGCAAACAUUACCUGGUGAACCGUUUUCUUAGUCAAACCUUUCACAGCAGAGUUAAAGAGGGAUAGUAUUUGAUUUUUACAACUUUGCUAAGUUAGAUGACACCUUUAUAUAACAUGUAUGUCACAUGUAAGUUUCGGUCAAUACCAGUAUCCCAAACUUAAGGAAGUCAGUUCCAGUUUAUCGGUGCACACCUAGUUAAUACAGUCAUAAAUUAUAGUUAAAAUUUGUGCAAAUAUAGUUGUCUUGUUUUGGGUAUUUGCCAGAGGAAGUAUUUCUUUCCUCACCAAAAAUAAUUUUCAAAAAGGAAUAUGAUGUGACUUUUCAUAUGACAAUGAUAUUGACUUUGCAACUACAUGUGUUGUAUUUCACCUUGUAAACUUGUUUAAAUAAAAUAAAAA